CGUCCUAUCCUUCCCUGUGGCAACUCGCUCUCUGAUUGGUCCGAACUCCCGUCCGUCCUCUCCUGCCCUGUGGGAACUCGCUCUCUGAUUGGGCCGAUCUCUCGUCCCAGCUCUCUCUGAGGUAACUCGCGCUCUGAUUGGUCCGAGCUCCCGUCCGUCCUAUCCUGCUGUGUGGCAACUCGCUCUCUGAUUGGACCGAUCUCCUGUCCCACCUCUCUCUGAGGCAACUCGUUCUCUGAUUGGCCCGAGCUCCUGUCCGUCUUCUCCUGCCCUGUGGCAACUCGCUCUCUGAUUGGGCCGAUCUCUCGUCCCACCUCUCUCUGAGGUAACUCGCUCUCUGAUUGGCCCGAGCUUCCGUCCGUCCUAUCCUUCCCUGUGGCCUCUCUCUCUCUGAUUCGUCCGAACUCCCGUCCGUCCUCUCCUGCCCUGUGGGAACUCGCUCUCUGAUUGGGCCGAGGUCCCGUCCCAGCUCUCUCUGAGGCCAAUCAGCUGGAUGAAUUCCGGAGCCAAGUCACAGCCCAGACCAAGGAACUCCUGGCCACAUUCCCGGCCCGGAUGGCGGAGUUGGGGCUGAUGCUGACGGCCCCUAUAUUCUCUAUGGGGUCGGAGGAACUGCGGGCUCCGCUGGACAUCCCAAUGCCGGACCCCAACCAGAAGAAGAAGAAGGGGAAGGACGAGGAGGAGGAAGCCCCGCCCUGCCCCCCGAUCCCGUCGCACGGCUCCAUAUUGGCUCUCCUGGAGAAGCUCCGCCCACUGCUGGCCGAGGGGCGGAUCCACCUGGCGCAGGUGGAGCUGUGGCUGAAGCUUCAGGUGCCCCGCAUUGAGGAUGGCGACAACUUUGGGGUGGCGGUGCAGGAGAAAGUUCUGGAACUGCUGACGUCAUCCCACACCCAACUGGAGACCCUUCAGAACCGCAUCCCAAAGUACCUAUUGGAGCGUGGUGACGCCGUGGCCAAAGCUGUGAAGAAUCCCCACGUGGAGGAUUACCGCGCGGCGGUGCACGUGUUGGACGUGGCGGAGCUGAGCGCCGCCCGCCUGGCUCUCACGCAGCUGCGCGACGCAUACGCCGUCCUAUUGGACGCGGUGCGGAAGAACCUGGACAAGCUGCAGAAGCCCCGCGGGGAACCCAAAUCCAUCAUCUUCUGAAACGGCCCCAAAAUCCCCUUUUUUCACCCCAAAAAUCCCACGCCGGGGGUGGGGACCCCCCAACCUUUCGCCCCCCGACCCCAAAAUGCCCAUUUUGGGGUUUUUUUUUUUUGGCCCUUUCACCCAAAAAAGUGCGAUUUUGGGGGGGGAAACGCCAAAAAGAGCCAUUUUUGAGUCGGACCCAUUUUGACCCAAAAAAGUGCAAUUUUGGGUCAUUUUGGCCCAUUCCCAUUAACAAAAACAUGAACUUUCUUUUCUCCCCCAAUCCCCCAAACUCAAAACUUUGGGUUUUGCCCCAUUUUGACCCAAAAAAGUGCGAUUUUGGGUCCUCCAUCGCGUCCCCAUUACCAAAAAUCGCAACUUUCCAUCUUGACCCAUUUUGACCCAAAAAAGUGCGAUUUUGGGUCAUUUUGGUCCAUUCCUAUUCACAAAAAUGUGAACUUUCAUUUCUCCCCCAAUCCCCCAAACUCAAAACUUUGGGUUUUGCCCCAUUUUGACCCCAAAAAGUGCAAUUUUGGGUCCACCAUCGCGUCCCCAUUACCAAAAAUCGCAACUUUCCAUCUUGACCCAUUUUGACCCAAAAAAGUGCAAUUUUGGGUCAUUUGGGCCCAUUCCCAUUAACAAAAAUGUGAACUUUCAUUUCUCCCCCAAUCCCCCAAGCUCAAAACUUUGGGUUUUGCCCCAUUUUGACCCAAAAUAGUGCAAUUUUGGGUCCUCCAUUGCGUCCCCAUUAUCAAAAAUCACAACUUUCCAUUUUGACCCAUUUUGACCCAAAAAAGUGCGGUUUUGGGUCAUUUUGGUCCAUUCCCGUUCACAAAAAUGUGAACUUUCAUUUCUCCCCAAAUCCCCCAAACUCAAAACUUUGGGUUUUGCCCCAUUUUGACCCAAAAAAGUGCAAUUUUGGGUCCACCAUUGCGUCCCCAUUACCAAAAAUCGCAACUUUUUAUUUUCACCCAUUUUGACCCAAAAAAGUGCGAUUUUGGGUCAUUUUGGCCCAUUCCCAUUAACAAAAAUGUGAACUUUCAUUUCUCCCCCAAUCCCCCAAACUCAAAACUUUGGGUUUUGCCCCAUUUUGACCCAAAAAAGUGCAAUUUUGGGUCCACCAUCGCGUCCCCAUUACCAAAAAUCGCAACUUUCCAUCUUGACCCAUUUUGACCCAAAAAAUGGGUCAAAAAUGACCCAACUUUUCCCUUUUUCCCCAUUUUUCCCCCCAAAAAUUCCCGCUUUUGGAGCCUCUGAUUAAAAAAAAUCAUCAUUUUGA